UAAACCACUAGAGAUGUUAGAGCAGGAGCGUCGUCGCGACAUGUUUAUGCAAACAAGCACAAAUGCUGACAGUUUCGCCCCUUUCUUAGUUUCACAUGGACGUCGACAUCAAACUGUACUUGAAGCCUCGCCCCGCCCACUCCAAGUUUGGCGACCGCCCGUGGAUGCUACUAAAUUCUAGUUUUCCCUAUGGCCCCUUCUGCUCAUGGCAGAGAAUUCCCCCAGAUGCGACCGAAAUGCACACUGUCCAUUCUCCCAUAUUAGCUGCUGCCCUCACCAAGUUUCAUGUAGAAAUCCUCCCUAAAUUGCAAAAGUUCCAUCCAGAAAUACCACGAAUCAGGGCUGCAGCAACCGCUAGCGCUUUCAGUGUAGUUCGCUGGGAAGGUUUUGAUGCGGUAAUGCAGGCCCAAGAUUUCUUUGCCUAUUGUCAGUACCAGCCCGUCAAGCUCAUGCUCGGCGACGAAGCUCCUCCUCCGCCUACUCGGUCCUUCACGAGCACCACGCACUCCCCAGAAUUUCAGAAACUUUUAAACGAUACCCUAUUCCCAUUACGUUGCGAUAUCGAGCUGGUCGAUCUUGAUACAGACCUCCAGCGGCUUCUUUGGACAAGCAUUCUUCUAGAGCUGCUAGGCAAUCUUAAACCUUUGCUAGAAUUGCAGGACUAUUUCCACAGCUGCUUUCAAAAGAACCCGAUCGGUUACGUCUUCGGAUGCAUUGAGAGAUACGUACUUCCUCACUUGGACGGAUGGAUUGGUGGUGGAGAGUCUUUUGACGAUCAAUCGAACCUUGGUUGCUCAACAACGUCAUUGCUUAAAAACAGAAAGAUCAAGGUAGACUGAUGACGGCAUUCCAUUUCCUGUACUUUUACCCACCUGUAUCAAUCCGCAUCAAUGUCAACGUUCUUUACAACAGAGGGUUCUACAGCGGAAGCCUAAGCGCCAGUCUGUCCCUACUGAAGUCCAGCUCCAGAGGUGCCAGGGAAUUAUAAGUAUCCAUUGGACGCUGGCGAAGCCGUGUUCCCACUAACAUGAUGGAGA